UUAAAUUUUAAUUCUAAAUUUUAAGCAAUUCGCAAAUAGAUUUUGUUAAAUGUUUUUUAAUAGUAUAGAAAAUGGUGCUGAAGCAUUCAUUAGAAAUCCACAAGAGAAAAUCGAAACAAUAUUCCACCCUUAUGAAUUUGAAAUAAAUUUUAAAUUGGAUCAAAUAGUUGUGCCCAAAACAUGUUGUAUAUUAGCAGAAAAAAUUAGUGACAAGGAAUUGAUACAAAUAAGAAUAGCUGAAAAAAACGAGCGCAAAAUGUAUACAUCAACAAUAAAUACACAAUUUUUCAACAUAUUAAAAACUAAUCAAUCCUUGCACGUAACUUUUUUAGGAUUUAUUGAUAAUUUGCUUAAAAUACUGCAAGGAUGUCAAAAUAAAACUCUUCAAAUUUCUAUUGUUCGUCGUGAUAAAGAAAAUGAAAUUUUACUUCAAUUUUAUGAAGUUCAUGCUUUUAAAAAUUUAACCCACUUAAGUUUACCUAUUGAAGAAGCCUCUUUAAACGUUGUAAAUUACCAUUUAAAUAAAAUCAUUGAUAAACUUCAGAAACAAACAGUACAUUAUGAAACUACUAUUCUUGGAUUACAAACUGCUCUUAGGAAUUGUAACGAAAACUUUUUGGAAAUCAAAAAGGAAAACCAAACAUUGAAGGAAGAAAUUUUAGAACAAAAACAUCUGUAUACUAAAAAACAAAGAGCUGGUUUUGACGAAAUGCAUAAUAAAAUAAAAUCUAUAACAGAAGCCAAAAAAUCUGACGAAAAUGAAUACAAAAAAAUUAUAUCCCAAUUGCAAGCGAAAAUUGAUUUUAUCACUUUAGAAAAGGCUAAUAUACUAAAAGAAAAAAGUGAAGAAAUUAGAAAGUGUGAUAAUUUGCGUAAGGAGAUUUCGCAAAUCAAAAUUGGAAACUCUAAUUUAAAAAAAUCAAAUGAACACCUCAUUAAACAACUUGAUUUAAAAAAAAGUGGAGAUUGCCGGUAUAAUGAACAAGUAAAUGAUUUACAAAAAAAAAAUUCUGAAUACGAGAAAAAAAUAUCAAAUCUUGAAAAAGUGCUGUCUGAAUUGAAAGCAGAAUUACAAGCUGAAAAAAAAUUAUGUCAGGUCAAACGAAAUGCCCUUGAAGUUGCAUCGGAUGAAAUUACUAAAGCAAAUGAUAUAAUAUCAAAGCAAGCUGUUGAAAUAGUGAAAUUGAAAAAAACUAUAGAUUGGAGAACGGAAGUUGCUUUACAACAAGAGUUAACAAUUAAAAAAAAAGAAAAAGCUUUAUCUAAUAUAAACAAUAAUAUCUUGGCAUUAGAAGAAGAACUUAAGAAAAUCCGUAGUGAAACUUCAAAUUUACCUAUUGACAUUACUUCUAUUAAGCAAUCGGUGGAAUCUAUUGAAAAAAAAUAUAAAAACAAGAUUUUAGAACUUAAAGCAGCUACAAAAACUUAGUUAAAAGCAAAUAUGUACGGUAUAAUUUUUAUAUGGUACGUGCCUUAUAAAAAUAAUAAAUUUCCUAUUUAACAUUGAUACUUAAAUAAAAC